UGCUGUGAUCAACAGGUGAAUGGUGAACUGUGUUACAGAGCAGUGAGACAGAACCGUGUAUCACUAAAUCUCUCGAAACAGCAGGAUUUUGUUGAAGAAAUUUCCACUGAUAUCACAACUCAUAGGAAAAACUUGAUAAUAUAGUGCCAUGGAGGGCUUUCCUGCAGUGUUUUAUAGUGAACCUGCUGUUCUGGGGCUACUUGCAAAUGCCGUCAGUGCUUUCCUUGUGUGUAUGCAAAAUUUUGCCCUAUUUAACACGUCUGUGGUUGCUGGAGGAGCUGAAAACAUUCUUGCAGGUGUUCAUCUGAUCCUAAUUGGUGGAGUUGCCCAACUCAUUGCUGGAUUCCUGUCCUUCAGAAAGUACGACCAUCUCAGUGGCACUUCCUUUAUUGCCUUUUCUGCCUUGUGGAGCAGUUAUGGUGCUACCCGCAUCCUAGUAGGAACAGAAGCUCUUGCACAGAACAGUUUGGGUGCAUCAGCUCUCCCUGCACUUCCAGUUAGUGAGAGUGCGGUGGCAGGGCUUGUGGCAUACAUCUUCAUCGCAUUUAUCCUGUCCUUCUGCUCAGCCACUGUCAACUAUAUCAUGCCUUUCGUGUUUGGUGCUUUGACACUAACUCUAAUCUUUGAAGCUGUAGGAUUAUUUGGCCAGUGGGCCUUGGUGGUCUCAGGGGUAUCGGAGUUAAUAAUAGUCUUGUGUGGACUUUAUGGAGCCGCAGCACUCCUAUUAAAAGGAAUCACCCAGAGGUAUGUUCUUCCAGGUUUCGGCAAUUCCCUUUUUAACGUCCUUCUUUUAGGAUCUGCCAACCGUGGCUCGGCUACAGUUACAGGAGAAGAGAAAAAGAAAAAUACGAAAUAUGCUGAACCCAUGGCACUGGGCUAUUUGUGUGAUACCAUCUCUCCCUUCAUUAUGGCAUUUUAUUGCUUUGGGUACAUAAAAACAUUUUAUGUGGGCGCCAUAUGGAUCAGCAUCAAUGUACUAUCUCAGCUAUGUUCCAGCUAUUAUAGCUAUCUCAGAGAUGACAUUUACCAUGCCACAAAGUUUGCUUUUCAUGGGACAUUCUGGCUAGUGAAAUCAUGGGAAGAAUUUACGCUUACAGUUGUUCUGAUGCCUAACAAUGUCUCUGUGGAGAGAAGGUUAAUGGUUGGAGACUGGUUCUUUCUGAUAGCAGCCUGUGUGCUCUGCUUUUUGUCUUUAAACAAGGAUGUGCUAGAACUAACACACAAUAUAGCAUUUGCCUUGAUGACUGUUUCCACAAUCCAACAGAUCCCAAGUACAUCUGCCUAUAUAUUCUUCGGCGUGACCUGCGGUAUUUUUACAGUUAUAUCGCUGUAUACAACAUUUGCAAGUCUUGUUAAUUCGAUUGCAGAAAAGGUGCUGAUACCAAUAGGCAAUAUUGUAAUGCCAAGUGCGACACUUCAGAAAGUCUUAUUGACAGGAAGAAACCUCCUGAAAAAGUCAGGACAAGAACUAAACAUUGCUGAAAAUCUCACUUCACGCUCCUCCGAUCCUCUGUUUUACAUCUGCAACGGCCUGGCAUCCAUUGCUGCAAUCCAGAGUUCUAUAGACUAUUCAUCUCAAGGAUAUUUAUCUAUUCCCUGGGUACUUGUACCAGGUACUAUUAUACAGCUGUACAUCUGUAGAAUUGAUGUGCAAGGAGGUAGAAGAUUCGGUUCAGUCUUGCCGUUUUGCUACUCUGCUAUCUGGGCUACCUGGGUCUGGCUACGCUUGGCAGGUUCUUCGCUGGGCAUCAAUGCAAAUAAUGAUGGGGCAUUCACUGUCGGAGCCGUUGCCUUCCUAAUAAUCAAUAUAUUUUUAAUGGUUUUAGCCACUCAAGCAAAUGUGAUUCUCUUCGUUGUCACUAUUCUAAUGGAACUUGUGAUCGUCUGUUUCCUUCUUUUUACACUAGAACGGCUUCCACUUCCACUUGAAAUUGCUGUACUUUCGGUGUUUGGCAUUCUCUGCGUCUACGGGCUGUUUGCUUCGUUGGCAAACUACUUGUUCAGCAAAGAACUCGUUCCAAUGGGCCCUGUUAUCUUCAAGAAACAGGAAUCCAAGAAGAACGAAUUCACUGCAGACCCCUCAUGUGUUUUACCCGAGUCUCGCCGCACAAGUGGUUUGAGAACAAUUGCAAAGAUACUGGAGAAUGGAGGAGUGUGUGGUGUUCCUACUGACACUGUUUAUGCUCUAGCGGCUUCAUGCAAACACCCAAGUGCCAUCGACAGAAUUUAUAAGAUCAAGGAACGGCCUGCCGAGAAACCCAUUUGCAUCUGCAUUUCUAACCUUGACCAGCUGAGAGUGAUCAGUCCCCCAUUCAGCCCCCUUUUGUGGAGGUUCAUGGAUUUGGUAUAUCCUGGUGGCAUCAGUUGUAUUGUGCAGAAAGGAGAAUGGCUGAAACGGCUUGGUGUGGGGCCGGCUUAUGAGCAAGUUGGUACACAGAACUCUAUCAUGAUAAGGGUGCCUGAUCAUUCAGUUACUGCUCAUCUCACUGAUAUGACUGGGCCUUUAGCAAUUACCUCUGCCAAUCCAAGUGGGGAAUCUGACAGCACGCACCAUGACAUGGUGAUAACGCGCUUGAGUCACAAACUGGAUGCAGUUCUGUGUGAUGGAUAUUCUAAUGAGCUUGUGGGAUCUACUGUAGUAAAUUGCACCAAGAUAGAUGAAGGAUCCAUCACAAUAUUGCGUGAAGGUUGUGUGCCAGCUUCAAAGAUCAUGCAGCUGUUUGAAAAAGCAAAGAACACACAGGAAGUCAUAUAAGAAUAAUUUAAUUUGUACUUAUGUUUUUACUGGCUGCUGGACACUCAGGACACAACAAGCACACCUCACAAGAGUUGUACAAUAAGAUAAAAAAAUUAAUUUUUUUGUUAAAUUAAUACUGUCAAACAUUUGUGUAUUUAUUGUUGUUGUACAUAGGAAAAUGAAUAAAAUGUUUCUGUUCUUUACUUGCUGCUAAAUGCUCCCAAAUAUCUGUGACAGUUUACUGUAUAUUGCCACAUUAUGUGUGUUAUUUCUAGGUAAUAUUUAUACUGCCACAAUGUUGGUGUAUGGGCAUUAAAAAUAAACAGUUUAACAAUUUAA